UGAACAAUGUAUGGUUUUUUCUCUCUUCAGGGACUCAACUUCAACAGUUAUUGCAACGUGGAAACUCUCUAGUUUGGUCUAUAGAGUGAGCGACAUACGAGAAAACCUUAGAAAGCAUGUGGAUUUGUGUCGUCAACAGAUAGACAGAAAGACCUAUCAGAAGCUUUUGCAUCUUUUUAAGGAGAUCCAUAUCGACAACCAGGAGGUACUUGGCUUUUUAUUUUCUCUGAAGGAUGAGUUUCCACUGAAGAAUGGCUCAUCACAAACAAAGCUUGGGGUGUCUGAAUUAGUAAACAAGGAAGUUGUACUCUUGGUCUCACAACCAAAGAUCCUCCCACUAGAGGAAUUACUCUUGCUUGUGCAGCAGACGCAGAGUAAUCCUCAGCACAACAAGUUGAAGGGGUGUUAUGAGAUCGUAUGGGUGCCUGUUCCAUCCUCCAAUAAGUGGACAGAUGCAGAAGAAAAGGAUUUCCUUCAUUUAUCAGAUUCCUUGCCGUGGUAUUCUAUACGUCAGCCGUGGUUGCUUAGCUCGGCAGUGGUGAACUACAUAAAGCAACAGUGGCGUUUUACAGAGAAACCAUUCAUUAUGGUGUUGGAUUCCAAAGGGAGGGUCUCCUCUUCAAUUGCAAUCGAUAUGAUAUAUAUCUGGGGUCCCGUUGCAUAUCCUUUCUCAACGGAGAGGGAACUGGAACUCUGGGAGGAAGCAAGUUGGUCAUUGCAACUGAUCAUGGGGGAAAUCGACCCCCUAAUAUCAAAGAGGGUAGAAGAAGGAGGAACCCUUUUUCUUUAUGGAAGCGAUGACAUAGAGUGGAUUAGAGAAUUCACUAGCACGAUAAAGGAGAUGAAGAGUUCAGGUGUGCAGGUAGAGCUGGUUUAUGUUGGUAAGAGGAAUUUCAGUGACCAUGUAACAAGUAUUUUAGACAUCAUUGGUACAGAAAGACUUGGAGUUGGCGGUCAUCUCUCCUGCCCAAAGAUGGACUUCUUUUGGAUUCGUCUGGAGAGUAUAAGAAGAUCAAAACUGAGACUAGAAAGGUCUCCUGAUGUUGAUCAUAUUCUAAGAGAGGUUGAGUCCUUGUUUAGUCUCGAUGCGAAUGGGAACAGCUGGGUGGUGAUCGGGGAAGGGCCACGCACAGACGUCAUAAAGCUUCAAGGAAGCGAGACCAUGGAAUGCCUGAAGUCUUUUCAUGUGUGGGGGGAAAAGAUAGAGAAGCUGGGGGUCUUGGGUGCAAUAAGAAAUGCUGUUGAUCCACUCCAUUUUACAGAGCAUUGUGACCGCUCUAAUAUCAUUCCCUACACUCAAGGCUCCACUGAAGGGACGACUGUCGUUUGUGAACAAUGCCAGCGUCCAAUGAAGAUGAUGAACAUUCUGUUUCGGUGCAAUGGAAUUGGGACCGACUGACUCGACCUGGAACUGGAUAUACACAGAUGUCAUUUUGGAGUUAUUCAACAUUGACAUCUGUAAAGGAAAAAGUAGUAGUGAAUGUGUCAUGUCUUCUAAUUACUUGUAACCAUAACUAUACAACUAAUUGUGCUUAUAACUUGUGUUUGAUGGGUGUGAUGUGAAACUUUCAGAAAUCCAAAUUAAUGAA